AUGGCCCUACCAAACGUUUUCUUCGAUAUUACAAUCGAUAAUAAUCCAGCUGGUCGCAUUACAUUCAAACUCUUUGAUGAUGUUGUACCAAAAACAGCUGCUAAUUUUCGAGCAUUAUGCACAGGCGAAAAAGGUUUUGGUUAUCAAGGAAGUACAUUCCAUCGUGUCAUUCCUCAAUUUAUGCUUCAAGGUGGCGAUUUCACCAGACACAACGGCACUGGUGGUAAAAGUAUCUAUGGUGAAAAAUUCGCUGAUGAAAACUUCAAGCUUAAACAUACAAAACCUGGUCUUUUAUCAAUGGCUAAUGCUGGUCCAAACACCAAUGGCUCGCAAUUUUUCGUUACCACCGUUGUAACUUCAUGGCUCGAUGGCAAACAUGUCGUUUUCGGUGAAGUAGUGGAGGGUUUGGAUCUGGUUAAGAAAAUCGAAAGUUAUGGCUCGCAAUCAGGUGCUCCAAAGGCCAAGGUUGCUAUUGCAAAAUGUGGCACUUUGUAA